GCCCCGCCGUGGCCCGGCAGGGGCGGCUCUGGUGGCGGUCGGGGCUCUCCCCUCCGCCCUCGAGGCUCGGCCUUUAGAGCGGGGCGGCUCUGGCGGGAGGCGGCGCCAUGGGGGUUCACGGCGUCAAGGCGGUGUUCUUCGACUUGGACAACACGUUGGUCGACACGGCGGCGGCCGGGCGGCGCGCCAUCGAGGAGGUGAUGAACGCACUGCAGUCCAAGCACCACUGCGCCGAGGGAGAAGCCCGUCUCAUCUGCGAUAAGGUCCAGGCCAAGCUUCUCAAGGAAUGUCACGAUCCCGCCAAGAUGUGCAUCACCGACCUGCGGAUUUCGCACUGGGAGGAGGCGAUCCAAGAGACGAUCGGGGGGGAGGCGAACCGCAACCUGGCCGCCGAGUGCUAUUUCCUGUGGAAAACGACUCGCCUGCAGCAUCUCACCCUGGCCGAGGACACCCGGGGCAUGCUCACCGAGCUGCGGAAAGGCCUCCGCUUGCUGCUCCUGACCAACGGCGACAGACAGACGCAGAGGGAGAAGAUCGAAGCGUGCGCCUGUCAGCCCUACUUCGAUGCCAUUGUUGUGGGAGGAGAGCAGAAGGAAGAGAAACCGGCGCCAUCCAUAUUUCAUUACUGUUGCGAUCUCCUGGGGGUGCAGCCCGCAGAGUGUGUCAUGGUUGGUGACUCCCUAGAUACAGAUAUUCAAGGAGGCCUGAAUGCUGGCUUGAAAGCAACUGUCUGGUUAAACAAAACCAUGGCAACCCCUCUAGAUACCUCCCCAGUACCUCACUAUAUUAUUUCUUCUGUUCUGGACCUUCCAGCUGUUUUACAGAAGAUGGAGCACAAAAUUAAUGCAAAGUUAGGAACUGACCAUAUAGCUAGCAGUAAUGAAGCACAUUGAUGGUUCCAGCAUACAGACGUGCUGAGCUGUUGGGUGACUCAGGUGCUUUUAAAAAAAUUGAUCCUAGGGUUUUGAACUCAUGCACGGUAUGCUUUCUUAAAUAGCAGAUGGAUAAGAGCACAUGGAAACAUAUCAGUGGAAACAGGAUAGAUACAAAGAAUUAGAUUAAUUUUAAAAUGCAAGUGCAGUUAAUUUAAAACAACUGCCUUUGUUUGGAAAUCAUUUUGACAGACUGUGGCUAAAGUCUGUCCGUCUCAGACGGAAAAGAAAAUGUGAAUGUUUUGAUCUUUCACAUGACUUGCUGACUUGUGAGUUCAGCAGAAGCUUCAGUUCAAACCUUGUUUGCAGUGUGUAAAGACAACGAGAAAGAGUGUGGUACAAUCGGGUAAAUCUGCACAAUUGAUCGGCAGUUUAUCUCAGGAACUGGAGUAAAUUUUGCUCUUUAUAAAUCCAGAAGUUAUUGACAGAAUUUAUUAUGAAUCAGACCAUUAGAAAAUGCUUUACCUUUGAUCUUUUUUUCAAGUUUUCAGGUUUUAGAAUUUUUUCCAGUCUUUGCAGUGACUCUGUACGUCUUGCCAAAAGUACAUUAAAAAUUUGCAUUUGUAUAGGGGACCAUUUAUCAGAGGGACUUGUUGAAUGGUUUUUACUUUAUAUAAUCUUGGUGCUUCUGCCAGUAUGCAGUAUACUUGUAAUUUAGAUUAUGAUUUUUGUUGGAAUCUAAUUGAUAAAACAGGGAUAUUUUCAAUGGUCUUCUUUAAAGUACUGUCAAACUCUUUAAAUCUAAUAUAUUGUUUUGUUUGAUUUUAUUACUGCAGACUCUUGAGAAACUGUUCUAGGUCUUGCUCAGGUGUAUGGCUACUUAGAUUCAGUUGCAGGAUCAGUGCUUUUUUGACUGUUUUAAUGACACUGCUCUAAAAUCCCUCCUUACUCCAGUUUCUACACGUAUUUCACGUGAUUUUCUCUGGAGAAAAUAUGGGUCAGUUGUUUAUAAAUGGCAUUCUCGACUCUCUUCCAGGAAAUUGGAAAGUUACAUUGUAUGUCUUAGAGUACUGUGUACAACUUUGUAAUGUGUAUGUGCUGUUUCCACUAGAUGCAGAUGACUCUAAAACACUAACAUUUCUCUUUCCCUUUCCCAGAUCAUUCUUAACAAUUUAAUUUUUCUUCACUUAAUAUUCUUACUGUGUAACAGGAAAGUUUUCGUAUAUUAAAUGGAAGUGCAAACACUUGUUGGAAAACCGGCAUAUUUCAAAACCUAUUUUCUAUACAUACAUUGGGCUGAAUAUCUAAGCAUAUUUGAGCAAUCAAGUUUUGUAUUUUACAAUAAAUUAAUGAGAAAUCUUUGCUGGCAGAAGAGCAUCUGGCAUGUGCAUAGCAAUAAACAAUCAGCAUAAAGUACAGGAAAAGGGUGUGUAGAAGGAAUCCUGUAUAGAAGAAAGGUUCCUUUGUUUCACUUGACAUGACUUUAAGAUAAAUCUUGUGUGGGAUGACAGAUUUAGGGGAGGCUGUUGCUGAUCAGGGUUAAAUUAUUCGGUAAAGAGUUUAGGUUACAUCAAAAUAUGCUGCUACAUUGAGGGUGGGGAGGGAAAUACUCAUAUAGGUUCAAACCCCUUUGUCCAGUUGUCCCUUACAAAAGGUUGAGCAGUUCAGGUUCUCGUUGUCUAACCAAGAACUUUGAGACAUCAGGCUCUGUGGAAGGAACAGAGGCAGGCUUCACCUGUACCUGUGAGGAAAUGGGCAUAUGCUAAAAAUUAUUCAGUUACAGUGCAACACCAAGUUGCCACGUGUAACAUGAGCUAGUGGGACUGACUGGACAUACCUUUGUUACUGAAGUAAGAGGCCUAAAUUAAGAUUUUAUUUACUUGGAAGAGCAUGAAAACAAUCACUGGUUUAUCUGAUAACCAAAAGGUUAUAUGGAUUCAUGGAAAGAUAAUGUAUUUGAAGUAAUCUUUUUUAACCACACUGUCUGGUACAAAAGCAACAACUUUGCUUACAACAGCAUCACAAGGAAGCUGCAGUAUAACUGCAUUUUUUUGCCCAUCAUCAGGGUAAUAGAACUUAGGUUAGAAUGAGGUUUCUGAUACAGCUGAGAUUUAAAAUGUCAAAUACUAGUAAUCCCUAAUUCUGUGCAUGGGCUUGAAGGAUAUAUGCACACCGGGUUAUGAUUUUUUUAAAUAUAAGUUGAGGCUCAUCUUCUCUUGCCACUGCAUCAUCAUUCUGAAGUGGCAUGCUGAGCCUGUUUAUUUUAUAAAGGGUCUCUUGUUUAAGAAGGGACUACUUUCUGUUUUGCAUGUGGCCAGUCAUUUUCCUAGAUCUAUGAAUUUAUGAAAAAGCACUGUAACUGAAUACUCAGGUGAUGGUAUGGUCUGUAGAGGCUGCACCCAAAUAUAUUUUUUCCAUUGCUGAGUUCUGUAGCAGGCUGGAUGUAACUACAGUGUCCAGAUAGGGUAAUAGUGUUUAUGAUGCUGCUAUAAAACAAGAAUAACUGAAGUGAUGUCUCUGUCCAAAGGUAGUCUUAAGAACAGUUACCCAAUGAACUGGAUUAGGUAUCUGAUGUAUCUCUGAAUACUCAAAAUGUUUUUCUUGGAUGGAGUUCUUAAAGAAAGCCUAUUGAAAAAUAAUUAUAUUUAACGAAACGGAAACAUAAGUGUAAUGAUGGGAUAAUUUUCACAUCAGAAGCAGGACUAGAUCUAUAAACCAGUCUAUAUUUGUUAAGUUCUGGUUUUGCGUAGUGUUAUGCUCUUUUAGCUGGGUUGUCUAGUUUACGUUGCCAAAACACAAUAAAUAAAAAGAGGAAAAAGAAAUUCCAUCUAUAUUUUUUAAAAGUUUUUUUAAGCUAAAUAUUACCUCCUGAGGUUAAUCUACAGUAACUUUGACUUCAGUGAAAUGAACUGAAACAGUAGUUUAAUAACAGCUAUUUUAAUUCUUGAUAUAAAAUAACUCGUGUACUAGUCUAAUAAAAGUAUUUUGU